AUAACGUCCGGACAGACCGUUGAGCUUGAUAUCUGGCGAAAUCUGACUCGGCUUACAUCGAGCGAUCUGCUGUGUGGCCCACUGGAAAUUAAGCGCGUGACCUCCAAAACAUGACAGGGGUGGCUGCUCCUUAAAUGACCCACCCCUUGCGGCCGUGGCAACACACCACGAGAGACGUUUCAACCCACAAUGCUCCUGUUGAACAUAGAUGGCUGCGGAGUAUGGGAUUCAGCUUGCUCGGACAUCUUCAUACCAGUUCGCUCGGUCGACGGCUCGUUGCUCUGGGUUCCGGUCUAGGAGUUCAUCUCCGAUCGAUCAUUCACCGCCAGCGAGGCUCUGACUCAAAUCUCCUGUUGAUUUGAAGGUUGCCAGGGCAACAACCACUCGCCGCGACGCCGUCGCGUGCCUUUAGCGCCGUCAGGAGC